AAUCUGGAUUGGCUGGCCUCUUGGGUGGCCUGGGCGGUGUUCCUCGCGCGCGUGACCACCGUAGCCAUGGUCGGACUUGGGGCUGCUUUCCGCCGCCUUGGUGCCUUGUCCGGAGCUGGGGCCCUCGGCUUGGCUUCCUACGGGGCGCACGGCGCUCAGUUCUCGGACGCCUACUGGAAGGAGCUCUUUGAUAAGACCAACAAACACCAUUUCAUACACAGCCUGGCCCUUUUAGGGGUACCUCAUUGCAGAAAGCCUCUCUGGGCCGGGUUGCUGCUAGCCUCUGGAACCACCUUAUUCUGCACCAGCUUUUACUACCAGGCUCUGAGUGGAGACUCUAGCAUCCAGAUGUUGGGCCCGGUGGGAGGGAGCCUGUUACUCAUAGGCUGGCUUGCCUUGGCUCUUUGAGAUUUCAGCGGACACAACAUCUUUGUAUGUGGUGCUGAGGAUCGAACCUGGGCCGCACGCAUGCCAGGCGAGCGUGCUACCGCUUGAGCCACAUCCCCAGCCCUGUAAUUUGUAUAUUUUGAGGGUACAUACUUAAUUUUCCUGAAGGUAUACAUUAAAAUAAAUGUGAAGUGUGUAGACCCUUUCUCUAAAUGACAGGAUUUCUAAGUAAUCUUAUCUAUUUCUAGGUAUUUCAUCUAGUCCCAUAUCUUUACUUACAAUCUGCAUACUUUUUAAAUUUUUUUUCAUUGUUGAUAGCCCUUUAUUUAUUUAUAUGGGGUGCUGAGAAUCAAACCCAGUGCCUCACACAUGCCAGACAAGUGCACUACCGCUCAGCCCCAGCCCCAGCCCCAAUCUGCAUACUUUGAAAUCCAGAAUUUCUAUCUUCUACCCUAAUCUCCACUGAGUUCCACAGCCCCAUACCAGCAGCCCUAAGUAAAAGUGUAUCAGAGAUCUGUAAGAAUUCCUGGUGGCUGGCUUAAAGAUUGAGAGGGCCAGGAGUGAGAGAUGGGAUAGUAAGGCCAAAUAGUAGAGAGUCUUAUGAUGUGAGAUUAUCCUCUCUCCUGAGGGCAAUGGGGCAUUUAUAUCCAGGGAGGUGGCAUGAUUUGAGUUGUAUUAGUAGAGGAUCACAUUUCUUCAUUUGAAGACGAUACAACAAGGCCUCAGAGGAGACCUCCAGAGUGAGUGGCCUAAAGAUCUAGUGGCAGAGUGAAGGCUGGCUCCUCAGUCUCCUACUUCGCAAUCCAGUGCUCUAGCAUUUUCAUCCAUCUCAGAUGGCAUCUAGGGCAGAGAGGAAAUGUCCUGGAGGAGACCCCAGGUAUCUGCAUUGGCCAUCUUCCAUGUAAUGAGUUCCCUAAUACCUUAGCUUUGGUCCUGUCAAGUGGCUGGGCUCUUGGGGGAACCAAGAUAAAUAAAGCUUGAUCAUUAGCCCCCAUUA